UCGAAGGGCGGAAGCCGCGCGCGGCCCCGCCCUCCCGGAGGCCCCUCCCCGGCGAAGGGGGCGGGGCCUCCGGGGAGAAACAUGGCGGCGGCGCUGAGGAGCCUGAAGGGAAUGGUUGGCCUGGUGACCGGCGGGGCUUCGGGCCUAGGCCGGGCCACGGCAGAGCGGCUGGUGCAGCAGGGAGGCAGCGCUGUGCUUGUGGAUCUGCCCAAGUCCGAUGGGGAGAGCGUGGCCAAAUCGCUGGGAGAGAGAUGCAUCUUUGCUCCGGCUGAUGUAACAUCAGAGUCAGAUGUGAAGGCUGCCCUAGCACUGGCACGGGAAAAGUUUGGCCGUGUGGAUGUGGCCGUGAACUGUGCUGGGAUUGCAGUGGCUGUCAAGACCUAUAAUAUUAAGAAGGACCUUCCUCACAACUUGGAAGACUUCCAGAGAGUUAUUAAUGUGAAUAUUGCUGGAACAUUCAACGUAAUCCGUCUGACAGCAGGUGAAAUGGGGCGGAAUGAGCCCGACUCAGAUGGGCACAGAGGGGUAAUCAUCAACACUGCCAGUGUGGCUGCCUUUGAGGGGCAGGUUGGCCAGGCUGCCUAUUCCGCUUCCAAAGGAGGCAUUGUGGGAAUGACGCUGCCCAUCGCUCGGGAUCUUGCACCUUUGGGGAUCCGAGUGGUUACCAUUGCACCAGGUCUCUUUGCAACACCUCUUCUGGCAUCACUUCCUGAGAAAGUGAGGACAUUCCUGGCACGGCAGGUGCCCUUCCCAAGUCGUCUUGGUGCUCCGGAGGAGUAUGCCCACCUGGUGCAAUGCAUAGUGGAGAACCCCAUGCUCAAUGGAGAGGUGAUCCGGCUUGAUGGGGCUAUCCGAAUGCAGCCCUGAACUGUAAGCUUGGCCCUGGAAGAGCGAGAGGGUUUGCUUCCCCAUCACAAGUCAGGGAUUGUUUCUCUGCCCACUGGACCAUAAUCAUGGUACUUUUGAAUCUGCUGAUGAUUACAGCUGCCUCUGCUAUGCUUCCUCAACUGGAAUCUAGGUUAGCAAAAGCAAAUGAUUAACAUCUGGACUAUAAUAAAUGAAUUAAUUGUAUGCUC